ACAGUUGAAUUUCGAGCUUUUUCGAAUCACCGGGUACUACUUCUUCUUACGUAUUCAUACGCCGAUUCAGGUUCAUGUCCACUUCCGGUCCGGUCAGUGUUAUUUCAACCGUGUCAAAGUGUCAAUGUCAACUACACCUGUCAGCGUGUCCUGUAACUUUCCAUUUUGUAACUUUUAUUUCAUCUUUUAACAAAAUUACUACCUGUUCUUCGAAGAUUGAUGAAUUAACUUCGCCUGAAGUAAGGCAGCUGCUGCUAUUCAAUGAUCUGGUUGCUGGUGGUCAGGCAAACGCUUCUGAGAGUCACUUUCUUCUGGUGGUGUUGCUACGGCUGAUACAAGUUGUACUGAACGUCUUGGGGUGCGUUGGCUCAUUUUGUACAAUGCCCUAUCAAUGUGGUGUUUGCUCGAAAGAGAUUUCUACUCAAGCCAGACACGUAGCUCACAUGAAAGUGCACGCUAGAGGUGUGCUUUUUGAUUGCACUCUCUGCCUCAAGAAAUUUUCAAGCAGUCCUUCUCUGCGACGUCAUCUCCGAACGCAUACGGGAGAAACGCCUGAUGAGUGUAGCGUGUGCAACAAAAAGUUUGCGCAAAGUGGGGGUUUGCGUGCUCAUCUCCGAACGCAUACUGGAGAAAAGCCUUUUGAGUGUACAGUGUGCAACAUGAAAUUCUCGGAAAGUAAAACUUUGCGUGAUCAUCUUCGAACGCACACAGGCGAAAAGCCAUUUGAUUGUAGUGCGUGUUGCAAGAAGUUUGCGCAAAGUUCGCAUUUGCGAGCUCAUCUCCGAACGCACACAGGAGAAAAGCCAUUUGAGUGUAGCGAGUGCAACAAGAAGUUUGCGCAAAGUGGGGAUUUGCGUGCUCAUCUCCGAACUCACACAGGAGAAAAGCCCUAUGAGUGUUCAGUGUGCAACAAGAAAUUUUCGACAAGUGGGAAUUUGCGUGCUCAUCUCCGAACGCACACAGGCGAGAAGCCCUUUGAGUGUACAGUGUGCAACAUGAAAUUUGCGCAAAGUGGUAGUUUGCGUGCUCAUCUCCAAACGCACACAGGCGAAAAACCAUUUGAUUGUAGUGCGUGUUCCAAGAAGUUUGCGCGAAGUGGGCAUUUGCGUGCUCAUCUCCGAACUCACACAGGAGAAAAGCCCUAUGAGUGUUCAGUGUGCAACAAGAAAUUUUCGACAAGUGGGGAUUUGCGUGUGCAUCUCCGAACGCACAAAUGCGAGAAGCCCUUUGAGUGCACAGUGUGCAACAUGAAAUUUACGCAAAGUGGUAGUUUGCGUGCUCAUCUCCGAACGCACACACGAGAAAAGCCUUACGAGUGUAGUGUGUGUAACAAGAAGUUUGCACAUAGUUCCGGACUGAAAUACCAUGUUCAAACGCACACAGCAGAGAAGCCCUUUGAGUGCACUGUGUGCCACAAGACGUUUUCACAUCGUCAACUUUUGCGUAGUCAUGCCAAAACACACAAGACCUAGCAUAUCAGAUGUUUUCUGCCUAACAUAGUGUCUGUUUUAAAGUCCUAGGACGAUACUCUCUUGUUGUGAGUGCCAUAAGUGUGUUGAGGUUAUUGGUUUGUAUCUACGUAUCUAUUCUGUUUAGCCAAAGUGUGAGUGUACUGUAAGUCAUGUAAUAUUGUUUCUUUUUUAGCUUUUAAUGUUUCAUUUCAUUUGUUUUUAUUGUAUUGUGCAGAGUUUGGUAUUGUCAAUAAAGGUCACCUUUUAUA